AUGGCAACAAGACUUGGUGCCUUGAAAAACAGAGAACUAGAGAAUUUCUUCGUACCCAUUUUGCAAAACUGCAAAGACAUUGUAGCGUUGAAGAGCAUCCACGCUCAUGUUAUCAAGUACGCACUUUCUCAAAGCAACUUCCUGGUGACAAAAAUGGUAGAUGUGUGCGAUAAAAGCGGGGAUCUUGGUUAUGCAAGUUUGCUUUUUAAGCGAGUGAAGAAACCAAAUGGGUAUUUGUACAACGCAAUGAUAAGAGCUUACGCACACAAGGAAGUGCAUAGUCUAGCAAUCUUUUUCUACAAGGAAAUGCUAAGGCUGAAAGACUCAGAAAGUGAGAACCCAAUUUUCCCUGACAGAUUCACAUUCCCAUUUGUUAUAAAGUCUUGUUCUGGGCUUCUUUGUUAUAAUCUGGGUAAGCAAGUCCAUGCCCAUUUCUGCAAGUUUGGGCCGAAGUCUAAUAUUACCAUAGAGAAUGCACUGAUUGAUAUGUGCAUAAAGUGUGAUCAUUUAGAAGAUGCACAUAAGGUGUUUGAGGGCAUGAUUGAAAGGGAUGCAAUUUCAUGGAACAGUAUUAUCUCUGGGCAUGCUAGGUUGGGUCAAAUGAGAAAGGCAAGAGCUUUGUUUGAUUUGAUGCCUUGUAGGACUAUAGUAUCUUGGACGGCGAUGAUUUCCGGGUACACGUGGAUUGGGUCUUACAGUGAUGCGUUGGAUGUGUUUCGGCAAAUGCAAAUUGUGGGCAUUGAGCCUGAUGAGAUUAGUAUUAUUUCUGUUCUGCCAGCGUGUGCGCAGCUAGGAGCUCUUGAAGUUGGGAAAUGGAUACAUAUGUAUUGUGAUAGAAAUGGGUUGUUGAGAAAGACACCUAUAUGUAAUGCUCUUAUUGAAAUGUAUGCAAAAUGUGGCUGCAUUGGUCAAGCUUGCCAAUUGUUUGAUCAAAUGUACAAGAGGGAUGUGAUUUCUUGGAGUACCAUUAUUGGAGGGCUAGCAAAUCACGGGAAAGCUCGCGAAGCGACUGAAUUGUUUGAAAGAAUGAAGCAAGCAAAGACUGAACCAAAUGCAAUUACGUUUCUUGGUCUUCUAUCGGCUUGUGCUCAUGCUGGUUUUUGGAAGGAGGGGUUAGCGUAUUUUGAUUCUAUGAGUAAAGAUUAUCACAUAGAGCCAGAGGUUGAGCAUUAUGGGAGCUUGGUCGAUAUUCUUGGACGUGCAGGACGCCUUAAUGAGGCUCUUGAUGUUAUAGAGAAGAUGCCUAUGAAGCCGGAUUCGAAGAUUUGGGGUUCAUUAUUAAGUUCUUGCAGAACUCAUUCUAAUCUUGAUAUUGCUAUUAUUGCAAUGGAACACCUUGAAGAGCUUGAACCAGAUGAUACAGGGAAUUAUGUUUUGCUUUCCAAUAUAUAUGCAGAUCUAGGCAAGUGGGAUGGUGUGUCAAGGAUGCGAAAACUUAUCAGAAGUAAGAGCAUGAAGAAAACACCAGGGUCUAGCUUGAUUGACAUCAACAAUGUGGUUCAAGAAUUUGUAUCAGGGGAUGAUUCGAAGCCGUUUUCAAAAGACAUUUUCUGGUUGCUAGAGUUGCUGACUUUCCAUCAGGACACAACUGUUCAUCGUCAUAUAAAUGAAAUAAUGCCCGAGGAUGGAAGUGAGCGUCUGCGUUAA